UCAAGCUUGUAUCCGCUGAGUGUUGUAGAGAGCGAAGUCCAGUGAUCAGGGGGGAAUUAAUGGAAAUUGAACGGCACGAAAAUCAAGAAGAGGGAAUCAGGGAUCCGGUCAACGUGACGAAAUGGACGACACCGGCUGCAAACAAAGGCGGCGGAGGCAGUGGUGGUCGGGGGACCAGUUGGUACCGGGAGUGCAUGAAGAACCAUGCGGCCAGCAUGGGUGGCCACGCCGUGGAUGGUUGCAACGAAUUCUUUCCAGCCGGGGAGGAAGGAACUCUCGACGCCCACAAGUGCGCUGCCUGUCACUGCCACCGCAACUUCCACCGAAAAGAGGUAUCCGGCGAGUCCUUCCGCAGCCACCACUACCUGCUCCACCACCAGCAAAGACCGCCGUACUACCACCCGGUCCUGCCCUCCGGCUCCGGGUACCUUAAUCAAGUAACCAUGCCGCGGCCUUAUCAGCAGCUCUUAGCGCUGCCGUCGACUUCCAGAGAGGAAGAAGGCGGGGCGAAUCCCGGCGGCGGGGGGCCGAAAAAGCGGUCGCGCACCAAGUUCAGCCAGGAGCAGAAAGAGAAGAUGCUGGUUUUGGCCAAGAGCCUGGGGUGGCGCAUCCAGAAGCACGACGCAGCCGCCGUGGAGCAGUUCUGCUCGGAGAACGGCGUGGAGCGGCGUGUUCUGAAGGUCUGGAUGCACAACAACAAGCACGCUAGUACUGUUGCUAGAAAACUCUCCUCCUCUAUGGCUGUUCCCUUGGAAAAUUAAACGGAGCAUUUGACAGUAGUGAUCGAGCCUUGCUAGUAUUGGAUAAAUUUCACCCAAAAG